UUGAUACAAAAAUUUUUCCAGGGUGAUUGGGAAUCCCGUCAUUUGAAGGAAAAAACUGAAUAUGAAGACGCUGUAAACAAACAGGAUGCAGUAGAAAAGGAACUAGAACUUUCGAAAGUCAAAUAUGAAACCGCACAGAAAAUCAUGGAAAUUUACAAACAACAAACCGACAAUUUGUUGGCGCUCUAUGACAAGCAGGACAAAAUGCUGAUUGGGAUAUUCGGAACGGACUAUGCAUCAGAGAAGGAAAACAUACUCGAAGGCGAGGUGGACGAGAUGAUGGAUUGGCAGCAACGAGUAGCGUUGGCAAUGUUUAAAUGGGCAAAUGGCAGGGUUCUGUUGGUUCAUGCGCUCACUCAAAUCACUUUUGGCAUCAAUCGAUGGCAGGAUAUCAAGAAAAUCGAAGAAAGCAACACCCGUGCAAGAUACUUCGCAGCUGCUGAAGCAAGAAAUAAUUUCAUCGCUGCAGCGCAAAAUGUACAAUCAUGCCGAAUGUACCUAAAUAAGGUGGAAUUUCCUUACGCAACCGAGGAAGAGAUUCUCCUGAUGGAGGACACGGCUACAAAUGCAUUCAAAAAUGUGCAAGACGAAUCGGCUGUGAAAAAGGCACUGAAAGUUUUCCAAGAUACACAGCAAAAAGUUGCACGACUCAUACAAUGGUUUGACAAGGUGAUUAACGACACCAUACGCAAAGAUUUGGAUCAAGCGAAUAACGCGGUCAUCAAGAAGCAGAAAGCUCUACGAGAAGAACGAUUAGCCUUGAUGAAGAAAAAGGUAUCCAAAGAGCUUGGCCAUAACAUGGAAUUUGAAUAUGAUUCCAUUUCUGAUGACGAGCUAGAGAAAGAACUAAAAUCGCUGGAAGAUGAAGCCAUCAAGGGAAUGAAACAAGUGAAGAACAAAAAGAUUACGGAAAUCCUUAGCUAUGGUCCUCAAGAGCAGGGAUCACUUCCUCUCAACAAAUUGGCGCCAAUCCCAAGCAAAGAUGCUCUUUUCGGCGAUGUAAAACAGAAACUGGACGAACUCGACACCACAAGAAAAGAAUUCGUCAAGCGAAACUACAUCCAACGUGAAAAACAAGCCAUGGCCAUACAGGAGAAACUAAAAAUGAGACAACAGAAGAGUCGAAGAACUCGAAAAGAACGUCGUGCG